GUGCAUACAAACAAAAUACUGUAUACACCUGCAACAAUUGGGAUUGGUCACACACGAUGUUGCUGUCAGUUUUGUUAACGUAUGGACGUUAACAAUUAUUACGUACAAAUUAAUAAUCAACAAUACAAGGACACAUGUAAUUUAUUAAACAAUUUACAUUAUUUUACAAGUAUUAUUAUAAUUUUAUUAAUUACUAUUGUGUUGAUUAAUUAUCAAGUUAAAUAUUGUCAUAAAAAAAAAAAAUUCUUUGACAUUUUUUUUUUUUUUUUUUUAGAAUAUUUAAUUUUCAUAAUAAACAUAAUAUUUGACAAUAGUUUUUUUUAAUGAUUGUUAUAACCUCAAAAAUUGAGGAUGUCAUUUGUGAGUGUAUUUGUGUUGUGUUUGUAAAUAGCCUAGUUUAUUAUCUAUUUGUUUUUUUAAAUCUUUUGUGUAUUUACUCAAAAAUAUAUUUUUUAUAAAAUUAAUUGGAUUAAUUUGUGGGUCAUUGUGAUUUAAUUGAGUGCAAAAUUAUUUAAACAAUUGUGUCAUAAACAAAUUACAAAUUUACUUUUUUUUUUUCAAGUAAUUUGCUUGCUUGUUUAUAUUUUUUUAAACAAAAAUAAAUAAAUAACAAAUGAUAAAUUAUUGACACUCCAAAGAUGUAAGACAAUUCAUAAUGAGUACACAAGAUUCACAAGAGCACUCAUUGGUAAAAGUGCUAUUUGAUUUUCAAUAUAAAACAAAUGAAGGACGUGAAAUAUCAAUUAAAAAAAAUGAACGUCUUGUGUUAUUACAAAAAACAAAUAUUGAUUGGUGGCAAGUAUUUCGUACACAUGAACAACGUUCAUUUUAUGUACCAGCAACAUAUGUACGUGAAAUAUCAAUAUUGUCUAGAAAAAAUUCAGAAGAAGAACGUGAUAAUACCACAAUGGAUCCAUCAGAAGGACCAAUAUAUAAAAAUAUGCCAAAAGAAACAACAAGUGCCAUUAAAAAUGUUAAAAAAUGGCUUGCUGGUGCAAUGGAAUGCACUCAAGAUGCAUCAAAAUCACAUGAAUCAUAUGAUGAUUAUAAAAAAUAUAAUGCAAUUGAUUAUCAAACAAGAGCUGAAUUAAAAGUUGGAUUAGCAGCAAUUAAAUCAAAAUCACUUGAAAGAGAUAUGAAAAAUACAAAAAUUAAUUUACAAUGUGAUAAUGAAAUAAUUAAUGAACAAUUACCAUUAAAUAAUAAUCCAUCAACAUCAACAACAAAGUUUGAUCAUACAGCUAAAGUUGAUAUACCAACAUUACAAGAUAAUAAUUUUCGUAAAGAAUUAGAAAAUUCACUUGAUCGUAGAAAUCAACGUAAAUUAUCAACAAGUAAAAAUGAUUAUGAUAAAAUAAUACAAGAAAAUCGUGAUAUUGAUACUAAAACAAAAUUAUUAAAAACACGUAUACGUACAGUAUCAUCACGUUCAGAUGAUUCACAAAUUGACAGUGAUAUUGAUGAUAAAUUUGAAAUAAAAAAAUUAAAUACAUCAUUACAUGAUGAAUUAAAAGAUAAAUUAAGUCCAUCAAAUUCAAAAAGAAAUAGUAGAAGUUUAGAUUUUGAAAUUAAAAAAUUUAGUCAAAGAAAUGAAAGAAGUCCAUCACCAAAACCAGUAUAUGGACGUCAAUUAACAAUUGCUGGUAGUAAUAUUAAUGAUGAAAAUAUUGAUAAUAAUAUAAAAGCUGGUAAUAAAAUAUUAUAUGAUAAAAGAAGUACAUGGGCUGUUGAAGAAUUAAUGACUGAAUUAACACAAAUGUGUAAAGAACGUGUUGUAACAAAUAAAACAAAAAAUAUAUCAAAUCUUAAAUCAAUUGAAAUUAAACCAACAACAUUUGAUCCACAUGAUGAAUUAACACGUGAAUUACAUGAAAUGAAUUUACAAAGAUCUGGUGGUAAUACACCACAAAUUGAAAAUCGUACAAUUGAAACAACAUCAUCAUCACCAUCAACAUCAAAUAAUAUAUCAAAAAUAUCAAUUAAUCAAAGUGAUAAAUUACGUAUUGAAAAAAUAAUAUUACAUAAAGAAGAUGAACAACAAAAAUUAUCACCAACAAAUAAAUUUACAUUUACAUUUAAAAAUAAUGAUAUUCCAUCAUCAUCAACAACUACAUCAACAUCAACAUCAUCAACAACAACAACAACAACAACACUAUCAUCACCACAAAUAAAACCAUUAAAAUCACCAAAAUCACCAAAAAUACUAGACGAAUACAAUGAAGCAAAUAUAUUAAAUGAUUCCCCUACAUCACCAAAUGACUCACUAGAUAAUACUCAUUUGUUAUCAGCUGAAAAUGAUAAAAUAAGUCGGAUUAAUAAUUUUAUUAAACAAGAAUUAAAUCCAAUUCAUGAAACUCCAUCAUAUUCAAAUAUAAAAUUAUCUGAACAAGUUAAAUUACGUACAAAAUUAAAAAUGAAAAAUGAUGAAACACAAAGUGAAUUAAAAUUAACACCAUCAUUAGAAAAAUUAGCAAGUGAAAUAAAAUUUAUACCAUCUAAAAAAACAACAAAUGACACUGAUGAAAUUAAUAAAAAUAAGGUUAAAAUUAAUAAUAAUAAUUAUACAUUAAUAAAUAGUUCUAAUUUUAAUCUUGAUAAUGAUAAAAAUCAUGAAAAUGAUAAUAAUAAUAAUGAUACAUUUGAUGAUAGUGGUAUUGUUGAUGAAAGUAUUACUAUAAUUGAUAAUAAUGAUGAUAAAAAAUGUGAAAAUAAUUAUUUAAAAUUUAAAAAAAAAUUUUUUCAUACUGGAAGUUUUAAAACAAAAAGAGAAGGUAAAUAUUUUUAUAAAAAUAAAGAUUUUAAUGAUGAUUAUGAUGAUGAUGAUGGAUGGAAAAAUUGUUUAAAAAGAACAACAACAAUGCAUUGUACAACUGUUCCUGAAUCAUCAAGACGACAUAAACGUUUUGAUAAUAUAAAAUAUACAAAUAAAUUAAAACGAAAAAGUCGUAGUUUAAGUGAUUUAAAUUUAUUUGAUGAUGUGGAUGAUGAUGAUGAUGAUGCUGAUGAAGAUGAUGAUAAUUUAAAUGAGGAAAAUUUAUCUGAAUAUGAUAAUUGUGGUAUAAAAAUUAAUCAUCGUCGUCCUGUACCAUUACCAAGAAAAUUAAUACCAUCAUUUGUUGAUAAAAAUAAAAAUGAUAAAUUAAAAAAUUUUGAUUAUCAUACUGAUGAAGAUAUUUGGAUUGCUAGAGAUGAUAUUUAUCCAUCAAAAUCAUCAACAGCUGUUGGUUUUAAAUCAUUACUUAGUCCAUCAGAUAGUGGCUCUGAUAAUUGUUUACAAUCAAAAGAAUUAUUAAAUGACCAUAAUGAUGAUAUUGAUAAAAAAGCGAAAAAUAAAAAAAUGAUUAGAGAAAGUUUUUCUGAUGAACUUGUGUUGAGUUCAAAUGCUAGCUCUGAAGCAUUACAAAGUCAAUCAGAAUCUGAAAUAACACCUGCAUCACAACAAAGUCCAGUUGAUAUUAAAACUCCAAUAGAAGGAUAUGAAUAUGAUAUUGAACUACCACCAGGAUGGAUACAAAAAUAUGAUUCACAAUUGGAGCAAAUGUCUUAUUUCAAUAAACAAGGAGACAGGUGGUUUUCAUCACACGAUGCUGAAGGAAAAAUAUAUUUUUUUGAAGAAAAUAGCAAUGAAUCAUUUUGGGUACUUCCAACAAAAUCCAAAGAUCAACUUGUUCCAACAAAACCGUCCACAAAAACAAAUAGAUUAUCAUCAUCAUCACCAAAGUUUAUUCCACCACCAUCAAUAAAUACAACUAAAACAAAAAUUAAUUCAUCAAAUACAUAUACAAACACAUCACCAUCACCAUCAUCAUCAUCAUCACUUCAACAAACAUCAAAUAUAUCAAGUCCAAUUUUACAUUAUGAAAAUUUACAACAAAAAAAAUUAACAGCAUCAACAACUACAACAAUUACUGAAUGGCCUCAAUUGUCAUUUGAUGGAAAUAUGAAAAUAAUAAAAGAAGGACAAAUAAAUAGAACAAAAAUAACUGAAAAUGGAAAAAAAUUACGUAAAAAUUGGAGUACAUCACAUGCUGUAUUGACUGAAUUAUUUUUAUUAUUUUUUAAAGAUUCUAAAACAUUUUCAACAAUGAUUAAAAGUGGACAAUGUCAAACAGCUAAACCUGAUAUAUCUGUUGAUUUAAAUGGUGCUAGAAUUGAAUUAGGUGAUCGUGCAAGUAGUAGAAAAAAUGUUUAUAUUAUUAGUACUGUAUUGGGUCUUCAAGUUUUAAUACAAAGUGAUAAUACAUUACAAUCAAAUGAAUGGUAUCAAGAUAUUGAUACAGUUAUUAAAAAAUUACCAUCACAAACAAAAACACUUGUUGAUUAUGAUGGUAUUAGAAAAAUAAGUAAUAGUAAAUUGGAUAAACAACAAAGUGAAAUAAAUCAAGAUGAUAGUAAAAAGGAUAACAAUAAAGUAUCAAGAUCAAGAUCAAUGAAAAUUAAAAGAUUAGAUGAUUCAAUUGAAGAUCUUCCAAGUGUCAAUGAAAAAAUUAAAAUAAAAGCUAAAUUAAGAAGAUUUUUUUUACGUAGACCAUCUGUUGAAUCAUUGGUUAAAGAUGGAAUUUAUAAAAAUGAACCAGCUUUUGGCUCUUCUCUUCAAGAUGUAUGUCCAAAUUCAUCACCACGUAUUCCUGCAUUUGUCAAAAGAUGUAUUGAAGUAUUAGAAAGUAAUGAGGAUAAUAUGAAAACAGAUGGUUUAUAUCGUGCAAGUGGUAAUUUAAGUCAAAUACAAAAAAUACGUUUACAAAUUGAUCAAGAUAAGCUAAAUGUAUUAUCACAAGAAGAAGAUGUACAUGUAUUAACUGGUGCAUUAAAAUUAUUUUUUCGUGAAUUAAAAGAACCAUUAAUACCAUCAUGUUUUUUUAAAGAAGCACUUAAUGCAAGUAUGUUAAAAAAACAUACAACAAAAGUACAAUGUUUUAGAGAUAUUAUUAAAUUAUUUCCAUCACCAAAUUAUGAUACAUUACAAUAUUUAUUAAAACAUUUACUUAAAGUAACAACUUAUCAAGAAUUUAAUAGAAUGCAUAUACCAAAUCUUGCUAUUGUUUUUGGACCAACAUUAAUGUGGCCAGCUGAGGAGAGUCCAAAUAUGGCACUUGAUUUGAUGCAACAAAAUUUAGUUAUUGAAUGCCUUUUGUCAGAGUACAAUAAGAUAUUCAAAUAAUAAAUAAAUAUUCAAAAUAGUAUUCAUUUUUAAUUAUAAUUAUUAUUUUUAAUGUGUUUAUUCAUUAUUCACAUUUAUUUAUUAAAUAUCAAUUAUUAAAUAUCCAUUCCGAUAUUAUAAAAAUAAUAAAAAUGACAAUUAUUUAAAAAACAAAUAUAUAUAUUUAUUAAAAAUAUAUUUUUCGAUAUAAAAAAAAAUAAAACAUUUAAGUCUGUUAGAAAAAAAUAAUAAUAAUGAAUUUAUUGAGGGCAAAUAUCUCGGUAAUUAAUUAAAAUAUUUUCAUGCAUAAUUUAUUUUUGAAAUUAAUUUAAAAAGAAAAAAAUGUUAUUUAAAAUAUAUUUAUUGGUAGAUUCAAUUAUUUUUUUAAUUUUUAUUUACGAGAUUAAUUAAUACAAAUUAUUAUUGCUAAUGAAUAAUCCAAAAAUAAUAAAAAUCACAAAAAAAAAAAAAUAAAAAAAAAUGCACAAAUAAUAUAAAUAAUUAUUAUUUUUAAAAUGUUGAUAAAAAUUUUAAUUUUUAUAAUCAAUUUAAUGUAAUUUAUGUAAAUAUUCAGUUUAUUUUUAUCAAUAUUGAAUUACAUCAAAUAUUGCAGUCAAGUAUUUUUUUUUUUUCAUUUUUAUUUUGACACAAUAUUCAUCGAUCGAAAGUAGUUUCGACAAUCUAAAUAAUUAAAACAAGACCAAGUUAUAAAAAACAAAUUAUUGACAUUAUUUUCAAUUACUUGGUCUGUAGUUACAUUCCUUGUAUUAAUCUACUGUCAAUACUAUCCUCUGAUAAUUAUUAAUUAAAAUAUUCAGUCACACUAAUUUAACAUAUUUAAUUAUUAUUGAAAUAAUCAUAAAUAUAUAAUUUUAUUUUAUAUAUAAAAAUGAAAAAUUUAUCAUCAUUUAAACCAAAAUAUUUAAGCCAAAAUACAAACAAUUUUACUUGGUUUAUCAAAGCUUGAAAAAUAAUUAAAAUAAAUGUUAUUUGUUAGUGCCAAUAUAGCUAUUUGUUUACUGAGUAUUUUAAAAAUAAAUAAUGCUAGUUGACAUUUAAAUAAUUAUUCAAAACUUUAUGCUAAUGUUUCAUCUUGUUUUAGAAAUUAAUUUUUUUUUUAAAUUAUAUUUAUCAAGUUAUUAGAAAUUAAUCUGCAAAGUUUUUUUAUAUUUUUUUCUUUUGAAAUAUUUAAAUGUCGAUGUUUAAAUAUAUUUGUUAUUUUUAUUAGAAAAUAUAUAUAUAUAUUAUGUAAUUAUGAUAGAGUCAAAUGAUGAAAAAUUAAAACUACAUGAAAAAAAAAAAUAUAUUAUAUUUAAAAAAUAUUAAAGGGCGAUAACAGUAUUGUUAUGUAAAAAUAUGUUUAUUUGUCUCGAUAAAUGUAUUUCGAGAAGAAGACUUUAUGGAAGUGUUUCGAAGUGUGAGGUAUAUUUAUUUUUUUAUAUGAUUGUAAUGAUGAUUUAACAUGAAGAAGUGUAUAUUAACGAGAAAGACAAAAAAUAUAUAUAAAAAAACCAACAAAUUAGAAAAAAAUUAUGAAAAAUAAAAAAAAAAAAAAUUAGUUUGGCUGUUAAAAAUUACGUAAAACUUGAAUCAGUUAAAGUUUUAAUAAAUAUAUUGACAUAAAUAAUAAUGAAUAAAUAUUUAAAAAUUACUAUUUUGCUUAUUUAAAUAAUUAAAAAAUAUUUUUAGAAAAAAGUAAUGACAAAUUGUUAAAAAAAUAAAAAAAAUUGAUUUAUAUUAUUUACAAAUAUUUUAAUAUUUAAUUUUCAUUUAUAUUAUCUUUAAAAAAUUAUUAUAUUUAUCUGUCAAAUUCUUCCAUGUAUUGCUGAUAUUUAAUAGAAUUAAAAGUCACUAUUUUUUUUUUUCAACUUUUACUAUCAAUAAUAGAGUUUGACAAAUAAUUUCGUCUGUAAUUUGAAAAAAAAAACACAAUGCCAAGCACGUAAUGAAAAAUAAGUGUGAUAAAUUAUUUGGUUAUUUAUUAUAGAUGAAUUAUCUUUCUAAAAAAAUAAAACUAUGUGUAAAUUAAUAAUAAAAACUCCAAUACAUUUGUGGAUUAGAGUUAAGAGACUGUCAUACUGUUAAAAAAAAAUUUAAUUAUAUUAUUUUAAUUAAUAAACUUGUCACAAAUAAUAAAUUCAACAAUUGUCAUGACCUAUUUGUAGCUUCCAAUAUAGCUGAAUAUUAAAAUCAAAUUGAUUCAUAAAUAAUUAAAAAUAUAAUAAAUAUUACUUGUUAAAUGCGUGCAUGAAAGAAUCAAAAAUAUAAAUCUAUAUUCACAUAAAAAAAAAAAAAGUCUAUUUAAAAUUAUUCGUGUCAAACAAUCACAUUUUAUAAACAAAAAAAAAUAUAUUUAUUUAUUUAUUUUUAAAUAGAAUAAAUUUAAAAAUCAUUAAAAGAAAAUAUAUUUUCUGUUUGACAUUAAAUAAUAUUUUUUGUAAAAUUUUUAUUUAAUAAUAUUCUAUAUGAAAUAUUAUUUUUAUUGUUCAUUUAUAGAAAUUAUAAGUAUGUUUAUUAUGAAUUUUAUUUAAAUAAUUAUAUUCAAUUAUUAUUAUUGUAUUUUUAUUGCACAUAUUAAGUGGAUGCAGUUAAUGUAUAAUAAAUUAUAUGUAUUGUUAUUGCAUCUUUAAACACUGAGUUGAGUAUAUGUAUUAAUAAAAAAUAAAAAAAAAACAGAAA